ACUUAACGUGUUGGAGAAAAAAAAAUCAUAACGCAGGAGGAAGUGUGUGUGUCAUGCUGGAACACUGAAGAUCUCUGUAACUGGAUUCGAGUUCCUGGAUUCAUUCAAACAUUUUUAUAGAAGCGAAAGCGGUCAAUAUCCAUUUGUCUCCGGUUUCUGGAAUGUUGCUCGACGAGACUCCCCUGUUUGAUCCUUCUCUGCUCCAAGAGCUGGACUGGAGCAGCAACACAGUCUCCUUCUCGCCCCCUAUUUCUCCCUCUCAGCCCGGAGAAGGUCUGGUCCUCCGUCCUCUCUGUACUGCUGACCUAGACAGAGGCUUCUAUAAGGUCUUAUCCCAGCUCACAGUGGCUGGGGACGUUACGGAAGAACAGUUCAAAGCAAAUUUUGAACAUAUGAAGAAAUCUGGAGACUAUUACGUGAUAGUGGUGGAAGACACAAAUCUCGGGCAGAUUGUUGCCACGGCGACACUUAUCAUAGAGCACAAAUUCAUCCAUGCUUGUGCAAAGAGGGGACGUGUGGAAGAAGUGGUUGUGAGUGAUGUAUGUAGAGGGAAACAGCUCGGAAAACUGUUGGUAUCAACAUUGACUCUUCUCAGCAAAAAGUUGCAGUGCUACAAAGUAACGCUGGAGUGUGCGCCGAAAAAUGUGGAGUUUUACAAGAAGUUCGGCUACUCUGCUUCAGAUGAGACUUACAUGCAGUGCCGGUUCUUUGAAUGAAUCCAAAGGAAUCUUGAACACCACUGAAUGUUUGCUUUAGAACAUUUAAUCCGUUCUAUUUCCUGAGAUUGGACUACCUCGAACUUGCACCUUUUUUAGCCAGCAAAAAAAAACAAUGCGCGUAUUCAAGAACUUUUUCUAGAUGUCUGCAGCCAACAUCGAGCACUUGCUUUGAAAGUUGUUUUCUAUUUAAAACGUUUUCACAUCGCGUAACUUGCUGUAGAAACAGUAAAAGAGUUUAAAUCGUAUACAGAAUGUGUGGUUUACGGCGAUGGCCACAAAAAGAAACACUGUGGCCUGUCUAAGAAAAAAAGACAAAAGGUUUUGUUGAAUAGAAGGGCUUGCGUACUUGAAUGUUUUCGAAUAUAAAGAUUUCUAUACUUUUUCCAGAGGGAAAACUAACCCAUUUUGUUUCCAAAUACACUCUUUACAAAACUGAGGCAAACUUCCCUUUUACUUAAAAUGUUAAUACUGUGCUUUAUUCCCUGUAAAAUACCAAAACUCAAUUUUUCAUUCUCUUAAGCAAGUUCUAUAAAAGCUGUAUUAUAAUGGCUUUGACAUAUUUCAGUCUCUCGUGCAGGUACUCGACCUAGAGAUCAGAAAUAGAACGAAGGUUUACAUUUAUUUAUUAUACUCAUGAAUUUCUCAAUUUUGGCUUUAGUCUCAGCCACUGGUGAUAAUCAUUAGUUAUGUGUAAUACCUAGAUGAAGGAAAAUAAAUUAUUUUAAAAUACACCCUGAUGAAAUAAAAGCAUAUCUUUGUACACUAAAUGCUUUUAUUUUUGUACUUUCCCUGAAAAUCUGCAUUGUUUCAUGUGUUUGUCAACACCGAAACAUGUGGCAGUGAUGUUUGUGCUUUUAUAACGCUUAUAAUUUUAAGUAUAUGUAAAACCAUGGAAACACAAGUCGAUGAAUGGAUUGAAAAUGUUACAUUAAAAAUCAGUGAUAUUUUAUAUAUGCA